GCUAUACAUAUUGGUACAUCUUGACGGCCGCGUUCGUGUACUGUAGCAGGCGAGGAUGACACCAUUCUUGUCCGAGAUCAACGAAGACAUGCUGCGGCAAUUUGAAGACGAAUUUGACGCGCAAAAGUCCAAGGUGGAGCAAGCCCGCGAAAUGCUAAAGCACAAGAAAUCGUUGGAAAUCCAAAAACAGGUCGAGAGCAUGCGGGCCACCGUCGCAAACUUGGACAAAGAUGUGCUGGAGUCGCGGGAAAACCGCAAAUCCCUUCGGAACCGCCUGAUGGAGCGAAAGGCGCUGAUGAAAACGCACAUGGCCGAGCACCAGGAGCUGCGACGAUGUACAUGGAAUGUUGAGCGCACCCAUCAGCUGGAAGGUGCGGCCCAAAGACGCCUCGACCUCGAGCGUCUGCAAGACGAACGAAAGCGAAUGGAAUCCUUGCUGGAUGCUGCGACGAUUGAACUGGAUGCAAUUGAAAGCGAGAAGCGUCGACGCCAGGAAACGGUGGAGGUCCAAAUGAAGCGAAUACUAGACAAAGGCACUGUACUAAAGCAACAGCUCGAGGACGGACACUUGGAUAUUCCCGAAGUUCGCCGAACCAUUCAAGACCACGGCCACGAGCAGUUCGUACAAGAGUGCCACGGGCUGCGGCGACUCCAACAACAGCAGCGCGUUCUCGACCAGCACAAACGGCAAAAGGAACUCAACGUCGAAAGGGCCAAGUUGGUUGCCGAUGAAGACAUCCUUCGCCAGCAAAUGCAUCUACAGGCGGCGGAUCCAACUGGCUUGAUUGGUGCGACAGAGUGCGACGAUUGUGUGGACGACGUGGUGGCUCAAGCAUGUCAAAUUCUGGCCACUGGAGAUGCGACGCUGUCCGCCUUGCAAAACUCGAUUGUCGAAAAGACCAAUGUGGUAAACACGAACGCCGCGGCUGCUGCUAUCCCCCCAGCGUACAACGGAUCGCUUGGACCGCAGUCGUACCCUCCAUGGCUCGAGGCUUCGAGGGAGAUGGCGCAGUCGUUGAUCAUGGAGGUCGUGACCGCCCUGCCGCUCUCGAUGUUUGAAACCAUGCGCUCGUUGAAACAACAACGAAAGCAAUGGAAAUGUACUCAAAGAAGACUCGGUCGAGCCCAUCGGCGACUGGUUACUGCAACCGCCAUCCAGACUUUUCAUCAAACGCUCGUCGACGACGUAGUGGACGACAUGUUACGUGAUUUGCAUGGGGAAUUCAUAUCCGUCACUCGACGAGUGAGUUUAUUGGUCACUACCUCCAUCGUCAAAACCUUGGCAAGUUUUCGAGAACAAACAUCCACUUCCGCACCACAAACUACUCAACUUGUCAGCGCUAUGCAGGAAAUGCAGCGACGGCGAAAUGUCGAGGACGGCAAGCUUCAUACGCCCGGUCGGCUGUUCCCACGUCACAUCUUGACACAAUCCCUGGUCGAAAUGUUGCCCGUCGGGGAUGUUCCCACUGGCGGAACGAAAAAGAAGUGGUUUGGGGGAAAGGGGGGCGAUACUGAAUCAGCCAAAUCCAAGCCACUUCGGCAGCCCCCAACAACCCCCCCACACUUAAAGAUUUCUCGUCAAGUGUUAAUCGAUGCGAUUGCUCGUGUCAACGCCCUGCCUGACCUCGUAGCUUUGGAAGCAUCAUGUUGGAAACACGUGCUGUUUCAACCGGUUGCUAACUUGGUGAUGCCAAUCACUGCAGUUUGCGUUCACUUUUGUCGCGUUCAAAACGAGUUCGUGUUGUGCGCAGGGGGUGCCAAGGGGGAGCUCGCCCUCGUGGACGUCGGAACGUCCACCGUUCUCCGCCAGCGGCUGGACCCACCUCAACCUGGACGGACCGCUUCAAUUCAAUCGUUUGGCAGCCAGUUCCUCGUGUACGCUCCGUUCCAACUUAAGCUUUGGACAUCUCGGCCUGUGAAAGGCAUGGCACUGUCGGUGGUAUUCAACUUGACUAAGGCCGACUUGGCGCUGCCAGGUCGUGAGCUGCAAGAUGUGACGACCGGGUGCUUCGUCCCAGCGGCGUCCUUGUCUGGCACGUCUUCGAGCAUUGUCGUGGGCACCGCUGAUGGAUCCAUCCUUCGUCUCAAUCGAUCGACGGACGACGUUCGACCUGUCUUCGGAGCCUCUUCGCUUGAAAGCCCUAACCCCAAUCCACUCAAUAAUAGCCGCCAAGAACACUUCCAAUUCCACCGCGCCGCCAUUGUCUUUUUGGCUUGCGUUGGAACCACGCCGUCAUCCCUGACAAUUCUGAGCGUGGACGUCACGGGGAUCGUGUGUCACUGGACGAAUGCCAACUGGACAGGCUUUGGCUGGUUCGAACCGGCGCAAUCAUUGCAGCUCGUUGGCCCUGGAGUUGUGCAAAGUGCUCAGCUCACUACAGACAGCUCACGCCUCGUCGUGUUUACGUUCGAUGCUGCCACGCGACAAGGGGUGUUUAUCCAACUGACGUGGCAGCCUCUCCUGGCAGCGAUGUCCACCGUCAUUCGAAUCGGGUGUAUGUCGCCCCCGCCUCCAUUUACUAUUCUCCCGCCCCUCGCCGCGCUGUCGCGAACGGCCUGCGACAGCGUCCUCGUCAUGGGUAGCACCCUUGCCAUGUAUUCUCUGGGCACCGGUCAAGUGUUAACCCCCGCUUCGGCGUCCUCUAUGGAAUGCAAAUCCCAGGCAGUGUCGGUCACAUGUAGCGAUGGCUACGUUGUGGGCUGUGGGGCCAACGGCAAAAUUAUGGCGUUCCAAAUGCAAGACUUGUCGUCCAUCGAUGCCGUGCACGCGGCGAGGCGCCUAGCGCAACCAUUCAACCACCAGACUCAAAGACAAUCUCGAACGAUUGUUCGCGUGCAACAUGCAGGAGACCGCAACAUGGUGCGAGCGAUGGUGGUAUCGAUCCUGGACCGUAUCCUUGUGGAAAGGUGGCAACCACCUCCCCAGGAGACGGUGGUGUCACCGUGGAUGUCAGCUUAAUCGAUCUCGACAUGCUGCAAACUUCUUGCAUCCCACACAUACGCCCAGUCUCCAAUCUAAUGGCGAGAAAGAGCACUGUACGAACCCACUGUUGUAUCCUUGCAAAUCGCACUGUAAACAACAGCAUCGAUUCCCAGGUCAAACUAACUUUUCAAACCAGUACGGUUACUAUUUAGACAGGGGUGUAUUCCUUGCGCUUGUUGCCAAGGUGACGACGCAAGAGUACGACGACCACGACUAUGGCGAGCCCGAGGCCUCCCACAAACCACAAGAGGCCGUUGAAGUCGGUCGCUGCCACGUCCGUCGACGACGAGGGCGCAGCGCCUUGCGACACCUUGGGGGCCAAGGAGCCUGUCGUCUCCCCCGCUGUGGAAGGCACCGACGAGAAUUCCGGAACCGCCGUCGUGGGGGUUUGGGUGGCCAACACCUUGACGCCCACUUGGGUAGCUUCGUGCGCGGGCAGUUGGAGGGACGCGAACGGCGCGUAGAAGUUGACAGUGGUGAGCACUGGGCCCUUGUUAAACAAGGAGCGUUCGGCCUCGAUGAUGGCCGGCUUGGGGGUGACAUACGUGACGUCGCCCGCGCCGUUGGUAUAGAGCGCAUUCACCGACUUGACCACGGCGCGGCCGCCCCCCGUGAUGGACACAGACGUGUUCUGGGCCUUCAACGAUCCGGCGUACACUCCCCCCACUCCGGAAAUCGAAAUGUUGUGCGUGCCACACACCGCCGUGGGCAAGAAAGUGAUGUUGCCCGUGCCAGACACUCCCGACGAGACUGUGGGCGCGUUGAAUGGCUUGCCACCAAAGUACACGCUCCCCGUGCCUUUCACUUGGACGUCGACAGCUUGUGGCACGAUUUCCGCCGGCGACGAGAUCAACACGCUGCCCGAGCCAGUGGUGGAAACCUUGAGCGACUGCGACGCCACGCGGUUCGCGGACCAUUGGACGUUGCCCGCCCCUUCGUUCUCGACCUUGAUGAAGCGGGCCGUGAUGUCGUUCGUGGAGACGAAGAGCGUGCCGGAGCCAGACACCUUGAGCGACAAGUCUGCGUCCACCGUGUGCGUGCCCGUGGCGACAAUGCACGCGCCAUUGCCGGCGCACUCGAUGCCUUGCAGACGAUGGGAAGGAACGGUCAAUUCACCGAGGAACGUCGCGUUGGGGAACUUGGUGGCGUCGAACGACGCCGCCGUCACUUGGAGCAGCGGCGACCCCCAUUCCGUGAACAGCUCGAUGUUGUCCAGCACGGCUUGUGUGUCCGUGGUGACGCGGAACGUGAACGCAUCGGCCAAGUCGCCGGCGGUAACAAACACGGGGCCAGGAAGGCCAAGGAGAACUUGGUGGAGUUCCGCCGCGACGUCGUUGUUGCUGUUGUCGAGCGUCCACGAUUGCGAGAGCGACAUGAUGGCGGUAGCAAGAAAGUCAAAGAAUGCCCAUGGAAGUGAAUACAGUAUGUUGACGCGCGGCAAGGUUGAAAUACCCUAACCAAAUAGUCAUCCCCUCGAUUAAAAUACCAGCAAUGUACUUCGAAG